AUGACGAUUUUUAAAAUAAAGAAAAUGAGCUAUUUGGGAGUUUGGACUUUCCCCUUAAUAGUGGCUGUGGUCUGUGCGCAAAGUGUCAAUGACCCUAGCAAUAUGUCACUGGUAAAGGAAACUGUGGAUAGACUGUUGAAAGGAUAUGACAUUCGCUUGAGGCCAGAUUUUGGAGGACCCCCCGUGGGAGUGGGAAUGAAUAUUGACAUAGCCAGCAUUGACAUGGUAUCAGAAGUCAACAUGGACUAUACAUUGACUAUGUAUUUCCAGCAAGCUUGGCGAGACAAGCGACUGUCCUAUUCCGAGAUUCCUCUCAACCUAACGCUGGACAACAGGGUAGCAGACCAGCUGUGGGUACCGGACACAUACUUCCUAAACGACAAGAAGUCCUUUGUCCACGGCGUCACAGUAAAGAACAGGAUGAUCCGUCUACAUCCGGACGGCACCGUACUGUACGGCCUGAGAAUCACCACCACUGCAGCCUGUAUGAUGGACCUGCGCAGGUACCCUCUGGACGAACAGAACUGCACGCUGGAGAUUGAGAGCUACGGCUAUACCACUGAUGACAUUGAGUUUUACUGGCGAGGGGGUGACCAUGCUGUCACUGGAGUGGAGAGAAUAGAACUGCCUCAGUUCUCUAUCGUCGACUACAAACUCAUCUCUAAAAACGUGGUCUUCUCAACAGGUUCCUACCCCCGGCUCUCCCUUAGCUUCAAACUGAAGAGGAACAUAGGAUAUUUCAUCCUGCAGACUUACAUGCCCUCCAUUUUGAUCACCAUUCUAUCCUGGGUGUCCUUCUGGAUCAACUAUGACGCUUCGGCGGCCAGGGUGGCCUUGGGAAUCACCACUGUCCUGACCAUGACCACCAUCAAUACACACUUGCGGGAGACUUUACCAAAGAUCCCCUACGUCAAAGCCAUUGACAUGUAUCUGAUGGGCUGCUUUGUCUUCGUCUUCCUGGCCCUGCUGGAGUACGCCCUGGUCAAUUACAUCUUCUUCGGCAGAGGACCCCAGCGCCAGAAAAAAGCAGCUGAGAAAGCAGCCACCGCCAACAAUGAGAAAAUAAGAAUGGAUCCAAACAAGUGGUUGAUGGGAAGUGUAGUUCAGAGAGACGAUGCUCUAUAUGCCAGAAUGAAACAGAGGGAUAUUGACGCUCAUGACUCGAUGUGGGAGCCAAUCUUUGUGGACGAUGCAGCAAUAGGACUAGGCGAGCAAAAGAAUAAGAUGGACCCUCAUGAAAACAUUCUCCUGAGUCCCCUGGAGAUAAAGAACGAGAUGGGCGCGUCUGAGCUGACCCUGGGGCUGGGGGAUCCUCGGGGUACCAUGCUAGCCUACGACAGCACUACGCUGCAGUAUCGGAAAGCUGGACUGGCCAGGCACAACUUUGGGCGUAACGCAUUGGAACGUCACGUGGCUCAAAAGAAGAGCAGGCUACGAAGGCGCGCUUCUCAGCUGAAAAUCACCAUCCCCGACUUGACUGACGUAAACUCUAUUGACAAGUGGUCGAGGAUGAUCUUCCCAACCGUCUUUUCCUUCUUCAAUAUCGUUUAUUGGCUCUACUACAUCAAUUAA